AUGAGCUCAUUAAACUACUCAUCCCCUGCUAAAGAAGAUGAUGUCUGCUGCCCGGAGAAAGAAGCUCUGGCGCUGAACAUUGUCGUGAAAGACGAAGAGGAGGAUAUUACAGUGAAAGGAGAGAAAGAUGCUCUGGCUCUGGACAUUGUCGUGAAAGACGAAGAGGAGAAUAUUACAGUGAAAGGAGAGAAAGAUGCUCUGGCUCUGGACAUUGUCGUGAAAGACGAAGAGGAUGAUAUUACAGUGAAAGGAGAGAAAGAAGCUCUGUCGCUGAACAUUGUCGUGAAAGACGAAGAGGAGGAUAUUACAGUGAAAGGAGAAAAAGAUGCUCUGCCUCUGGACAUUGUCGUGAAAGACGAAGAGGAGAAUAUUACAGUGAAAGGAGAGAAAGAUGCUCUGGCGCUGGACAUUGUCGUGAAAGACGAAGAGGAGAAUAUUACAGUGAAAGGAGAGAAAGAUGCUCUGGCGCUGGACAUUGUCGUGAAAGACGAAGAGGAGAAUAUUACAGUGAAAGGAGAGAAAGAACCUUUCAGAAUGAAAAAGGAGGAAGAGGAGGCUGUUAUAGGGAAAGAAGAGAAAGCAUCCUCUUCCUCUCUAAAAGGUUCUAUCUCAGUAAAGGUGAAGGAGGAAGACGUUUUGGGAGUGAAAGAGGAGGAGACAGAAUAUCAGAUUAACACCAGAGAGAGACAUGACUAUCGUGGAUCCUCUGGGGAGACUCAACAUCCUGAUGCUGACGAGACAGAGAAGAGUCUCUCCAGAUCAGAACACCAGAUGGACAACGCUAGCCCUUCCUCUCUCCCGGAGUCCCCGUGUCAUGCCUCUCCCGGUAGCACCUUACUGCUGGGUAUGAAGAGGUUGUCUGUGCUGCUGGUGGACUGCAGGAAAACAACGGGGCUGAGUGGAACUGUGAGAGGAGGAGAAGAGAGGAAAGGAUCAGAUUUGACUCAUCAAAGUAAGUGCUGUAGUUCAGUUUGAACAAAUAAAUAGAUC